AUGGUUGCUCUCAAGCUGGAUAUUCCAGCCCUUAUCAUCGGCUCUCUUUUGGCCAUUCCGGUCUUGUCGGCACCGACCGCAAAUGUUGUCGGACAUGCCCCUACCGUUGAGGACAUUAUCCCAAGGGAAUACAUCGAGGAAGUCCGCGCCUACCAUGAAGAGUUAGCACAAAUUAAGAAACGGGCUGAGUGGAACCAUGCUAAGCGUGCUCUAUCUGCGCUGGAAAAGCGACAACCGGCUCAAAAUACCUGUCUUGAGGGCGAAACUUGGAUACAACGCGAAUGCAGGUCGGAUGUCAGCCCUCGAGCCUGGCAGGACGAAUGUGAGCCUGCGAAUGGCGAAGGCUUUGGCGUUUUCCGGCCCGGCGAGUGCCCCGAGAAUACCGUCUGUGUGCAGCUUAGUAUCCCUAACGGAGUGGAUCCUGGAGGUGAAGAAUCAUUUAUCGAGGAUAUCCUUUGCCAGCCAAGUACACCGCCCAGGCAAGGCGUCCGAACUGCCAAGAGACAAUAUGGGUACAGAAAUUACAAGGCAAAGGACAAGAACGUGGUCGCCAUUGGUAUCGAGGUAUUAGAGGAUAACACAGAAGCGUCCGUGAGUGCCAAUGUACUAAGCAGCGAUCGGACGUUUGUGGUCAAGCCCAUAACCCCUAUCACAGCGAAUCUCCGCGGCUUCAACCUGAAACUCUGCCAAAUGGACCCGGGCAACACACAACAGAAUAGCCCUCAAUGUUCCCCUAUUGGUAGGCCACACAAUCUUCGAAUGGGCCAAUUCGUCGACUUUACGUUCGCGCUCUCGGCCGGCCAAGAUUCGUUGUUAUUCUACUCCAUUGCGGGCUAG